UAAAUUUAUUAAUUUUAGCGUAAUUAAAUGGGUUUUCAAAUAUACAAGAAGAACAGAAGGAACAAACGGAGUAUCGGACGAUCAAAGAAGAGGAAGAGCUUAUGGAACAGAGCAGCAAACUUCACAUAGUAGCGUUUCCAUGGCUAGCCAUGGGACAUCUCAUACCAUUUCUCAGAUUCUCCAAGAUCUUAGCUCAAAGGGGUCACAAAAUUUACUUCGUUUCAACGCCAAGAAACAUCGAUAGGCUUCACAGAUCACCCCAAAAGCUAUCCUCUAACAUUUCCCUGAUAUCCUUUCCCUUACCUUCCAUGCCUGGCCUACCGCCCAGUGCAGAGAAUACCAGUGACAUACCCUACUCUAAACAACAGUUGCUAAAGAAGGCCUUUGAUCUGCUUGAACAGCAGCUAACCACUUUCCUUCAAUCCACAAAACCAGACUGGGUUAUUUACGAUUACCCCUCUCACUGGCUGCCGUCUAUAGCCGCCGACCUCGGUAUCUCAACCGCCUUCUUUAGUCUCUUCACCGCCGCAGCACUGACCUUUGUAGGCCCGCCGUCGAUGUUGAUGCACGAUGGAGAUUCACGGUCGGCAGCCGAGGAUUUCACGGUCGUGCCCAAGUGGGUUCCUUUCGAGUCAAACGUGAUGUAUCGCAUCCAUGAGGUUACGAAGUAUGUGGAGAAAACGAAAGAGGAUGAAACAGGACCAAAUGACACUGUUCGGUUUGGCUUUGCUGUUGGAAAGGCUGAUCUCGUUAUUAUUAGAAGCUCACCAGAGCUUGAACCGGAAUGGUUCGACCUUCUUGGCCAGCUGUGCGAAAAACCGAUUAUUCCACUGGGUUUCUUGCCUCCACUAGAAGAAGAAGAAGAAGAUAAUAGUGGUAGGGAAUGGGCGUAUAUUAAAGAAUGGCUAGAUAAAAAGGAAGCCGAGUCAGUAGUUUAUGUUGCUCUAGGUACCGAGGGUGCUCUGAGUCAAGAAGAAGUGAGCGAGUUGGCUUUUGGGUUGGAGAAGUCGAGAUCGCCUUUCUUUUGGGCACUCAAGAGCUCACCAGGGUCAACUCAGAACGUGUUGGAGAUGCUACCAGAUGGGUUCGAAGAGCGAGUUAAGCAUCAAGGGAUUAUUUACAAGGAGUGGGCUCCACAAGUGAAGAUACUGGGUCACAAGUCAGUUGGGGUAUUCUUGACUCACUGUGGUUGGAACUCAGUUGUCGAAGGACUUUCGUUUGGCAGGGUUUUGAUUAUGUUUCCAAUGCUAAAUGACCAAGGGCUCAACGCCAGGCUGUUACAAGGGAAAAACCUUGGGUUAGAGAUACCAAGGAACCAGCUAGAUGGGGCUUUUACAUCCGAUUCAGUGGCCGAAUUACUGAGAAAGGAUAAGAUUGAUGGCUCGCCCAAUACGAAGAAGAUAAGAGGCCUGCUUGGAGACAGGAAUAGGAACAAUCAACUUGCGGCAGCAGUUGUUCAUUAUCUCGAAGAGGGCAGGACGUCCAGGUUACAGGCCUGCUAAGUGAUUUUGCUUGCAAUUUUUCAAUAUCGGAUUCUCUGUUUAAUAAAAUGUUGUUUUGAAAUGAUUAAUAAUGAAUUUAAUUUUUCUUUUGUUCCUUA